UUUAGUUUUUGCCUUUUAUCUCUCCCUUUCUCUGCUGUGUAGUAAUCUGAUUCUGUUAUUUUCGAGGGGGAGAUGGGGAAGGAUGGAAGCCUAGCGAAGAAAGGAAGGCAGAAGUGAAGUUCGAGGGAGGGAAGAUGGUAAUGAGGGUCUAACAGAGGGGGAGAAGCUGAAACAAGGAAGGGCGGUCUUAAAGAAAAUUGUCGAUAGAGAGAGGUGGAUAUCGUGGAUAUUGGCAAAUCGUUGGGUUUGUUUUUCAUGGCAGGAGAUGCCUUUGUCGGAAGAGCUUUUGAAGAAUUUGAGAAGAGAAGGAGGGAAGAAAGCAUUAAGAGAUCAGCUACAGGGGAGGGGGGCAGAGAUUUGGAACGAGGAAGGAGGGCAUGAAGACUUUUGUGAUGGGGAAGAUUGAGUUUGGUCGCGAGAAGAAAUAGUGGGGGUCGAUGGCUGUUGCUGGAAGGAUUGGAUCUUGAGCUUCAUUUUGCAUCGUUGUGUAUGUUUUGGUUGUAAGUCUUGUUGUUAGAUCUUUGGGAGGUUUGCCUUAGCACCUGCGAUGUGGUUGUAUCCAGAAAAGAGGAGGAAAACUGAAAAGAAGAACAUGAAACAAAGAGAAAUGUAUAGGGAGAAGGAGGAACAUUACAGGGUUUUUAGUCUUCUUCACACAGGCAGGUUUUUGGCAAAUAGGUUGGUGAAGGGUUAAGCAGCUUGAUGGUUUAUACCUGUUUCCCGCGUUGGGCUUCUGCAACAGUCUACAUGCAGUCUCAACGCCUUACUAUAAACACUAGAAAUAAUUUAUAUUCGUAAUAAUACAUUAAUACCUACUAUAGAUGGGAGAAUUUUUGGUUGGUACAAGGGAUAAUUGAUAAAGGUUUACUUAUCAAAACAAAAAAAAAAGAAAAAAAAUUGAUAAAGGUUUCUUCGACUAUCCAGGAGCAGGUGGGGUUUCGAUCAGAUCGAGCUCUUAAAAUGGCUGCUUCUAUCAAUUUUGUGGUUGGAUCUCAUGUUUGGGUGGAGGAUCCUGAGGUAGCUUGGAUAGAUGGGGAGGUUGUGGGGGUAAAGGGUGAAGAAAUUAAAGUCAGCUGUACAUCAGGGAAAACGGUUGUUGUUAAUGUAUCUAACGUCUAUCCCAAAGAUGAUGAUGCACCAUCGUGUGGUGUGGAUGAUAUGACAAGACUGCCAUAUUUGCAUGAACCAGGAGUUUUGCAUAAUCUAAAGGCUAGAUAUGACGCCAAUGAAAUUUAUACUUACACGGGAAACAUAUUGAUUGCUGUGAAUCCCUUUAAAAGACUCCCUCAGCUGUAUGAUAGUCAAGUGAUGGAACAAUAUAAAGGAGCAGCAUUUGGUGAGCUGAGCCCACAUCCUUUCGCUAUCGCAGAUGCUGCUUAUAGACUGAUGAUCAAUGAGGGGAUAAGUCAAUCAAUUCUUGUAAGUGGAGAAAGUGGAGCAGGUAAAACAGAAAGCACAAAAAUGCUUAUGCGUUAUCUUGCAUUUAUGGGAGGAAGAGCUGCAACUGAGGGGAGAACAGUGGAACAGCAAGUACUUGAGUCUAAUCCUGUUCUAGAAGCAUUUGGUAAUGCAAAGACUGUCAGAAACAAUAAUUCAAGUCGUUUUGGUAAGUUUGUGGAGAUCCAGUUUGAUCAGCGGGGAAGAAUUUCAGGAGCUGCCAUCAGAACCUACUUGCUAGAGCGAUCACGUGUUUGUCAAGUGUCUGACCCUGAGAGAAAUUAUCAUUGUUUCUACUUGCUUUGUGCUGCACCACCUGAGGAUGUUGAGAGGUUCAAAUUGGGAAACCCAAGGGCAUUCCAUUAUCUGAAUCAAUCAAAUUGUUGUGAGCUUGAUGGAAUAGAUGAUUCAAAGGAAUACAUUGCAACUAGAAGGGCGAUGGAUGUUGUUGGAAUCAGUACUGAUGAGCAGGAUUCAAUAUUCCGAGUUGUGGCUGCAAUUCUGCAUUUAGGCAACAUUGAGUUUGCAAAAGGCAAGGAAAUAGAUUCAUCUGAACCGAAAAAUGAAAAAUCUUGGUCACAUCUCAGAACUGCUGCCGAACUUUUUAUGUGCGAUGAGAAGGCUCUAGAAGACUCCUUGUGCAAAAAAGUGAUUGUAACUCGUGAUGAGACUAUAACAAAGUGUCUUGAUCCUGAAUCAGCUGCUCUCAGUAGAGAUGCUUUGGCAAAGAUUGUCUAUUCGAGGUUGUUUGAUUGGCUUGUGAAUAAGAUAAAUAGUUCAAUUGGUCAAGAUCCUGAUUCAAAAACCUUGAUAGGAGUGCUGGAUAUUUAUGGAUUUGAGAGUUUCAAGACAAACAGCUUUGAGCAAUUCUGUAUCAAUUUGACAAAUGAGAAACUGCAGCAACAUUUCAAUCAGCAUGUUUUUAAAAUGGAGCAAGAGGAAUACACAAAAGAAGAAAUUGAUUGGAGUUACAUAGAAUUCAUCGAUAACCAAGAUGUUCUAGAUCUUAUUGAAAAGAAACCUGGUGGGAUCAUUGCUCUUCUGGAUGAAGCUUGCAUGUUUCCAAGAUCAACACAUGAGACGUUUGCUCAAAAGCUGUAUCAGACAUUUCAAAAACAUAAGCGCUUCAGCAAGCCAAAGUUGUCACGUACUGACUUCACCAUUUCGCAUUACGCAGGUGAUGUUACUUAUCAAACCGAGUUGUUCUUGGACAAGAACAAAGACUAUGUUGUUGCUGAGCAUCAAGCAGUCUUAAGUGCUUCAAAGUGUUCCUUUGUCUCCAGUUUGUUCCCACCAUUGCCUGAGGAGUCAUCUAAAACUUCAAAGUUCUCAUCAAUAGGCUCACGAUUUAAGCAACAACUACAAUCUUUGCUUGAAACUCUGAAUGCCACUGAUCCACACUACAUUCGUUGUGUGAAGCCGAAUAAUCUUCUUAAGCCAUCUAUAUUUGAUAACAACAAUAUUCUACAGCAGCUUCGAUGUGGGGGAGUCAUGGAAGCAAUUAGGAUAAGUUGUGCAGGAUAUCCUACAAGAAGAACAUUUUCUGAAUUCUUAGAGCGGUUUAGCAUUCUCGCACCAUGCGUUCUGGAUGGAAGUGAUGGGGCUACAGCUUCAAAGAAGUUACUGGAGAAGACAAAUCUACAAGGUUAUCAGAUUGGAAAGACAAAGGUAUUUCUUAGGGCUGGCCAGAUGGCAGAACUCGAUGCUCUCAGGAUUGAAGUUUUAGGAAGAUCAGCGAGCCUUAUCCAGAGGAGAGCCCGCACAUACUUGGCUCGGAAAAACUUUAUAUUAUUGCGGUUAUCUGCUAUACAGAUCCAAACUGCAUGCAGAGGACAAAUUGCUCGACAACUGUAUGAGAGCAUGCGGAAAGAAGCUGCCUGUGUGCGGAUCCAGAAAUACUUGCGCAUGUAUCUUGCUAGGAAAGCCUAUAAAAAGUUGUGCUCUUCAGCUGUUUCUAUUCAAACAGGUAUGCGUAGGAUGGCUGCUCGUAAUGAACUUUGCUUCAGGAGGCAGACAAAAGCAGCAAUAAUUAUCCAGAGUUGGUGCCGAAAAUACUUGGCUCGCUUAUACUACUUCAGGCUAAAGAAGGCAGCCAUUACCACGCAGUGUGCAUGGAGAGCAAGAGUUGCUAGAAGAGAGCUACGGAAACUCAAGAUGGCUGCUAAGGAAGCUGGUGCUCUGAAGGCUGCUAAAGAUAUGUUGGAAAAGCAAGUUGAAGAAUUGACAUUGCAAUUGGAAAUAGAGCAACGAAUGCGGGUGGACAUUGAGGAAGCAAAGAAACAAGAAAAUGCAAAAUUACAAUUGGCUUUACAAGAGAUGCAACACCAAUUUGAUGAAACAAAAGCAAUGCUGGCAAAGGAACGUGAGGAUGCGGAAUUGGCUUUGCAAGAGACACAACACCAAUUUGAUGAAACAAAAGCAAUGCUAGAAAAGGAGCGUGAGGAUGCAAAAUUAGCUUUGCAAGAGAUGCAACGUCAAUUYGAUGAAACAAAAGCAAUUCUGGAAAAGGAACGUGAGGMUGCRAAAUUGGCUUUGCAAGAGAUGCAAUGUCAAUUCGAUGAAACAAAAGCAAUUCUGGAAAAGGAACGUGAGGCUGCAAAAUUGGCUUUGCAAGAGGGGCAACACCAAUUUGAUGAAAAUAAAGCAAUGCUGGCAAAGGAACAUGAGGCUGUGGAAAGGACAGCAGAGCAAGCUCCCAUCGUAAAGGAAGUUGCAGUUGUUGAUAAUGCAAUGUUGGAUAAGCUUACUGCCGAAAACGAAGAACUCAAGGCUUUGGUGAGUUCUCUGGAAAAGAAGAUUGAUGAAACAGAGAGAAAGUAUGAAGAAACAAAUAGAGUUAGUGAAGAAAGGCUGAAGCAAGCUUUGGAUGCAGAGGCAAAGAUGACUCAAUUGAAGAUUUCAAUGCAAAGGCUUGAGGAGAAGCUUUCUAAUGUGGAAUCUGAGAACAAAGUUAUACGGCAGCAAUCAUUUUUAAAUUCACCAGGGAAACGUAUGUCCGGACAUUUAUAUAUUUCAACAGAUAAGAGUUUAGAAAAUGGUCACCAUGAGAGUGAAGAGACAAAAGCCAAUGAAGCACAGAGUGCAACGCCUGUUAAGAAGUUUGGAACAGAAUCUAUGAGGUUGAGGAGGUCCAACAUCGAGAGACCACAAGAGAGUGUUGAUACUCUUCUCAACUGUGUGACACAACAUCUUGGAUUCAGUCAGGGAAAGCCUGUUGCAGCAUUUACCAUAUAUAAAUGCCUACUCCAUUGGAAAUUGUUUGAAGCUGAAAGAACUAGUGUAUUUGACCGUCUUAUUCAGAUAAUAGGUUCUGCGAUUGAGAAUCAAGAUAACAUUGAACGUAUGGCUUACUGGCUGUCAACUACCUCUUCCCUGUUGUUCCUUCUACAACGCAGUUUAAAAACUAGUGGUAGCACAAGUGUUUCAACUCCACGCCGGAAACCUCCCCCUCCAACAUCAUUAUUUGGGAGGAUGACUCAAGGCUUCCGCUUGUCUUCUGCACAACUUGCUGUAGGUUUAGAUGUUGUACGCCAAGUUGAGGCCAAAUACCCAGCAUUGCUGUUCAAGCAGCAGCUGACAGCAUAUGUGGAGAAGAUAUAUGGAAUUAUUAGAGACAAUGUGAAGAAAGAAUUGGGAUCACUACUUUCCCAAUGCAUCCAGGUACCAAGAGCAUCAAGGGGAGCUAUGUUGCGACCUGGGCAAUCAUUUGACAAUAAUUCUCCAACUGAUCACUGGCAGAACAUUAUUGAGAGCCUCAACGCACUUCUCAAUACAUUGAAAGAAAAUUUUGUUCCUCCAAUUCUCAUUCAGAAGAUGUUUGCUCAGACUUUCUCAUAUAUAAAUGUACAGCUCUUUAACAGUUUUUUACUACGCCGAGAGUGUUGCACAUUCAGCAAUGGGGAAUAUGUGAAAUCUGGGUUAGAGGAACUGGAGCUAUGGUGUUCCGAAGCAAAGGAAGAGUAUGCAGGAUCAGCAUGGGAUGAACUUAAGCACAUAAGGCAAUCUGUUGGGUUUUUGGUUAUACACCAGAAGUCUAGAAUUUCGUAUGAUGACAUCACCAAUGACCUCUGCCCAAUUUUGACUGUCGAGCAGCUUUAUAGAAUAUGUACAUUGUACUGGGAUGACAACUACAAUACUCCAACUGUUGAUCCAGCUGUCAUUUCUAGCAUGAAGGAGAUGAUGACGGAGGACAACAACAAUGAUGUUAGCAACUCCUUUUUAUUGGAUGAGAAUUCCAGCAUUCCCUUCUCAGUGGAAGAGAUAUCAAGUUCUAUGCAAGAGAAGGAGUUUGCAUACGUGAAACCUGCAGCAGUACUUCUUGAGAAUCCAGCUUUCCAAUUUUUACAGGAGUGAGGCUGUUCUCAACCAAUUCUUUUCUCGCUGGAAUAUUUUACAACUCAAAGGUAGAAAGUAAAUCCCCAGUCUCUUCAGUAUGCCUUCAUUUAAUGUAAAUUCUCCCUUUAUUCCUCUUUUUUCAUCAUAUAUUAUUUUUCUCUGCAUCCAUGCCCUGCUGUAAAAUUAUUCUUUGAAUUUAGAUUUUUGUAAAAUGCCUAGGGUGAUUCAGAAUAGUUAAGAGGGGUAGGAUAGAUUUUGUUUUCCUUUUGAUCGAUGCACCAUUUUUUGUUUUAUUUUCUUUUUGGUAUUGGGGCAGCAUUCUUUGUAAGGAGGUUAGGAGGCAAGCUUACUGUUGGUGGGAGGUGUCAAUCUUGUUCCCCCUGCCCUCCCAAUUUUCAUUGUAUAAAGCGUCAAAUAUGUGACCACAUUUAUAGGAGAAUUCUUUGGUUCCUAAUUUUUUGUACACCUUGUAUACACUCUGGAUGGAUUUUUUACAACAAAGCAAGCAGGCUUGUAAAAAAAAAUAUGUAUUACUGUCACUUGCUGUUACUUUAUCACUCAGUUGAAAAGGAAUUGAUUUGUUUCAGA